GCAGAGGCAGCUGUUCUGUUCCCAGAGCUUCUGGGGUACAUCCGGCUCUCAGGGGUUGCUUAGGCGGGCUCCAAGUUCCAGGAUCACGCAAGGUGGGUGCCUUCCCUUCUGGGCGCUCACAGCAGAGCCUACCUUCCCUCUGCCACCAUGAGCGGCUGUUCCAAAAGAUGCAAGCUUGGGUUCGUGAAAUUUGCCCAGACCAUCUUUAAGCUCAUCACUGGGACCCUCAGCAAAGACAUCGCCUGGUGGUAUUACCAGUAUCAGAGAGAUAAGAUUGAAGAUGAGCUGGAGAUGACCAUGGUUUGCCAUCGGCCUGAGGGACUGGAGCAGCUGGAGGCCCAGACCAAUUUCACCAAGAGGGAGCUGCAAGUUCUUUAUCGAGGCUUCAAAAAUGAGUGUCCCAGCGGUGUGGUCAAUGAAGAAACAUUCAAGCAGAUCUACGCUCAGUUUUUCCCUCAUGGAGAUGCCAGCAUGUAUGCCCAUUACCUCUUCCACGCCUUCGACACCACCCAGACAGGCUCCGUGAAGUUCGAGGACUUUGUAACUGCUCUGUCGAUUUUACUGAGAGGAACCGUCCAUGAGAAGCUAAGGUGGACAUUUAAUUUGUAUGACAUCAAUAAAGAUGGAUACAUAAACAAAGAGGAGAUGAUGGACAUUGUCAAAGCCAUCUAUGACAUGAUGGGGAAAUACACAUAUCCUGUGCUCAGAGAAGACACUCCAAGGCAGCACGUGGAUGUCUUCUUCCAGAAAAUGGACAAAAAUAAAGAUGGCAUCGUGACUUUAGACGAAUUUCUUGAAUCCUGUCAGGAGGAUGACAACAUCAUGAGGUCCCUCCAGCUAUUCCAAAAUGUCAUGUAACUGUGAACCCAGCCAUCUGGCUCUCAGAGACGUUGUACUGAACAACCACUUCUUAACACCUUGCUCUGCCCUCGUUCUGAUUUUACACACCGACUCUUGGGACGGAAACACCUUUUGCAUUUUGAAAGAAUUCUCCACUGGAGACUUUCUAUGGAACCCAGCAUCAUAUGGCUCAGUCUCUGAUGGCCAGCUCUUCCUUCUCCGUCUUCUUGAGAGAGACAAGAUGAAAUUGGGUUUGUUUUGGAAGCAUGCUCAUUUCUUCACACUGCUGCCCUAUGGAAGGUCCCUCUGCUUGAGCUUACAGUAGUGCACACUUUUUUGCUUGCGUGCCCCAGCCCACUGCCUCCAGCAGAUCUUGAUGCAUCUGGAAGCAAGAUGACCUGAGCCAAAUGCACACCAUCCUCUGAUGGCCUCCCAAACCGACGUGCCUGUUUCCCUUCUUUUGGUGGGAAGAAUGAGCAUUACACAGAACAGUAUGAAUCCGUAUAUGACUAGAUUGGGAGAGCCAGCACCUAACAUAUGUAGGCUAGAACUGAAUUCUUAAGCAUGGCAUUGUCUGGUGACACAAAUUGCCCACAUCCUUUGUUUCCAGAGGAAAG